AUGUCCAGGUCACAGACUCAAACCAUUCAAGAGAAAAUUACAGAAUACGAGUCUUUUAUCAAUGAUAAGUUAAAAAUAUACUUGAAGACGGCUCUGGAUCUGAGGGAUGAGUUUGAAAUUGAAGCGUCAGAUUCAGCUGAUUCAAGAGAACAGUCUCCACAAGAUGAAGACGAUG